AUGUCGUGGGAAUGCACUCCUCCACCAACAUCCCAUCACAACUCUGGCGCUGCUACCUCGAUACCCUUGUCCUCUGAGCAGAACUUGCCGGUGCAGCCGUCCUCUGUCAUUCUCAAGAUCAAGAUGAAGCCGAUACUGACCAGCCGACUCCCGCCGGAACUGUGGAUCCAUAUCUUCUCGUUCACGGCGUCGAUCGCCGAUGCCGUUUCGCUCCUGUCGUGCUCCCGAUACCACUACCGGAUGCUCAAGCACAGGCUCGAAGCUCAGACCCUGCAGAUCCUCUCGCGAAGCGAUCCCAUCGAGCCUAGCCUGGAGCGAGCCGCCCGGCACGGCAAGACCUGGGUGCUGGCCGGGCUGAUCGACCACCUGCGUGUUCAGACGGGUAUCAUGCCAUAUCUCCCGAUGAUGCUUGCCCAGAUCCUGGUGGUCGCAUGCCAAGGCCGCCAGACCGGAGCCAUCCAGGUGUUGCUGCAGCACCAGCCGGCGCUCGAGUGGGACGGCCACCGGGCGCUGCGGGCCUGCACCCAGCACAGCGACCCGGAGGUGUCCCGGCUUCUCUGUGACCAUCUAUCGGUGCGAUCCAUCUCCUGGAACACCACCCAGGCCAUCAUCCGCCGCCGCGUCUUCAAGACCGAGGCCGCCCCGGUUGUGUCUGGAGCACUGGCGACCGAGACGGCAGCCAGCGGCCCUGCGACUGCUCCGGCCCACACCCGGGUUGUGGUCUCUCGGCAGGUCAGAACCCGCCGGCUGUGCAUGAUCAACCCGGACUGGGCCGGUCGUUGA